CAAAUAGACCGUUUAUAUUUUCCUUCAAUUUCAAAUCAAGCACAAAUUUUGUCCCGCUUCCCUCCCUCUUCUCUCUCUCUCUCUCUCUCGUAAAUUGUGAGUGCGGGAGUGCGUGUUUACGGAAAUGGGGAUCGCGACGGAAUCAUCUCGAGAAGCGAACAAGUUUUUUUCUGAGAGCAAAGCAGCAGAGAAGAAGCGCUGGACUCUCAAUGACUUCGCUAUAGGAAAGCCUCUAGGGAGAGGAAAGUUUGGACAUGUAUAUCUAGCUACGGAGAAGAGGAGCAAUCACGUGGUGGCUCUGAAGGUGUUGUUCAAGAGCCAGCUGAAACAGUCUGAGGUUGAACAUCAGCUUCGUCGUGAAGUCGAAAUACAGAGCCAUCUCCGGCAUCCUAAUAUCUUACGGCUCUACGGUUACUUUUAUGAUCAGAAACAUGUAUUUCUGAUUCUGGAAUAUGCUGCCAAGGGAGAACUCUACAGAGAGUUGCAGAAGUGCAAAUACUUCAGCGAGAGACGUGCUGCUACUUACAUUGCGUCAUUAGCUCGAGCACUCAUAUACUGUCAUGGAAAGCACGUGAUACAUAGAGAUAUUAAACCCGAGAAUCUUUUGGUUGGAGCAGAGGGUGAUCUCAAAAUUGCUGAUUUUGGUUGGUCCGUACACACAUUCAACCGUAGGCGGACUAUGUGUGGGACACUAGAUUAUCUUCCACCCGAGAUGGUGGAGAGUGCGGAGCAUGACGCCAAUGUGGACAUAUGGAGUCUCGGGGUCCUGUGCUACGAAUUUCUCUACGGGGUGCCACCUUUUGAAGCAAAGGAGCAUUCAGACACAUAUAUAAGGAUUACACAGGUGGAUCUAAAAUUCCCUCCAAAGCCAAUUCUAUCAUCUGCUGCUAAAGAUCUCAUCAGUCAGAUGCUCGUUAAAGAUUCAUCAAAGCGACUACCACUUCACAAAUUACUAGAGCACCCGUGGAUCGUUCAAUAUGCAGAUCCUUCUGGCGUUUACAGGAGCUGACGAUGGAUGCUCGCCCGAGCUGCUUUCCUGACCAUCAACCAGUAAGCUUUGUGUAUACAUUAGAUCAGGAGGGCUAAGUAUAUAUAAUGUUAAUAUAUAUAUUAGCAGUUUGGAUAAUUAGUGUAUAUUGUGAUCUGCUCCUUUUCUUAAUUCUCCAUUCUUCCUUCACAACUUGAGGGGAUAAACGUGGUCGUUUCUUGCCAAAUAGAGCGCAAAAUCCAUAUGAAAGUUUUGGAAAAUGAUAGAUCCUUUGUUUUUCU